GCAGUGAAGUGGUCCUGGGGCCCACCAAGGCCACACAAAUCAAGGAGUGGGUGACCUCACCCAGCUGAUUUUGAGAUCACCUUUGUAAAAUGACAUCUUGCUGGGAGAUGGUCAUCAGACAUAAGGCCAUGGAUGUGGCUGUUGGAGGAGGCACAGAGGAAAGACUAUGGGAGGACACAGCAAGAAAGUGGCUUUCUGCAAGCCAGGAAGAGAGGCCUCCCCAGAAACCAACCCUGCUAGCAUAUCCAACCUCACAAAAGACUCAAGGAGAACUUCUGGCCUCCAGAACUUUGAGAAAAUGUCUACUGGAUCUUAGUGCAACAUUGCUCUGCAAACUUGAACCAGGGCAGAGUGAGAUAGCAGAGGAGCUGUGCCAGUGUCUACAGCGAAAGGAAAGGAUGCUGCAGGACCUUCUAAGUGAUCGAAACAAACAAGUGGUGGAACAUGAAAUGGAGAUUCAAGGCCUGCUUCGGUCUGUGAGCACCAGGGAGCAGGAAAGCCAAGGUUCAAUGCAGAUACCUUCCAGAGAUGAUAGCACUUCAUCGACUGCCAAAGAGGAUGCCGGCAUACCCAGAUCCACAUUAGGAGAGUUGGACACAGUUAAAGGGCUGGUGGAAAAAGAACUGAGUACUGCCAAAGAGGAACUUGAACUCAUGGCUAAAAAAGAAAGAGAAAGUCAGAUGGAACUUUCUGCUCUACAGUCCAUGAUGGCUGUGCAGGAAGAAGAGCUGCAGGUGCAGGCUGCUGAUAUGGAGUCUCUGACCAGGAACAUACAGAUCAAAGAAGAUCUCAUAAAGGUCUUUCAAAACUUUUUAAAGACCAUUGGAAAUGUUCACAGCUCAGAAUACCUGUAGGGCAUCUUCAGACAA